UUGUCAUUUUUGAGUUCCAGAUUAUCUGCUUUUAUUAAACAAAACUUUAGCUUGUGACAUAAUUUUAGUAUGACUUUAUUUGGCAAAUUGCCAUGAACUUCCGGUGUGAGAUAAAGACACACGCGGAUCUAUCGAGAAAAGAACGCAAAAUUAAAUAUCGGAAUAUAACUCAAUAAGAACGAAUAACAUAUUUAUUAUUAUUGUGCAUUUUUUACUUAUUAAAAUGUCUAAUAACGGUGCUCCGGAUUCGUGGGAAAGUCAAGCUGAAGUGGCUGAACAAGGUGCAAAAGAUUCUAAUGAUGUGUCUACAAAAUUUUCCACGUUGAAUGUAAAUGCCGUGGAAUUUGUGCCUACUUUUUGUAUAUCUCCUCAAUCCAGCGAGAAAAGCUCGCCAUCAACACCACAAAAAUCUAAAAGUAUCACCCCUAUCUCCGAUGGAAGUCCGGUCGUCAAUGGCUGUAAAGAUGGAAAUGAUACUGUAGCUGCUCCGGCAUCACCACGAGUAGAGGAACCUCCUCCUGUUCCUCCCGCUGAUGAAGCUGAAAAGUCGAUGAAUAGCACUCCAAUAUCUUCUGAAGCUGUGACUCCUGACAAUGACUCGGGUCAAAUUACUGAUGCAGACCCACAGUCAGAAGUUCCGCUUGAUGACCACUCUCCCACUGCUGACAGUUGGGAGAAUGAAACUGAAAGUGGUUUACUAACUGAAGAAAAUAUUGAGCCUGAUGAAGAGGAAGCAGAACCUCAAGUACAAGCAGCUGAGGAUGGGGAAAUUGCAAAGAAAAUUCCGAAAAAGAAACCUCCACGGGUUGAAGAAACACGAAGCAAAAAAGAACAUGUAAACGUAGUAUUCAUAGGACACGUAGAUGCUGGAAAAUCUACAAUUGGGGGUCAAAUCAUGUCACUGACAGGAAUGGUGGAUAAAAGAACACUAGAGAAAUAUGAACGUGAAGCAAGAGAGAAAUCAAGAGAAUCAUGGUACCUAUCAUGGGCACUAGAUACCAACCAAGAAGAACGUGAUAAGGGUAAAACUGUGGAAGUGGGAAGAGCAUACUUUGAGACUGAAAAAAAGCACUUUACAAUACUAGAUGCACCCGGACAUAAGAGCUUUGUUCCCAAUAUGAUUGGUGGAGCCGCACAAGCUGAUCUAGCUGUAUUGGUUAUAUCUGCGAGGAAAGGAGAGUUUGAGACUGGAUUUGACAGAGGGGGGCAAACCAGAGAACAUGCUAUGUUAGCGAAAACAGCUGGUGUUAAACAUUUAGUAGCACUUGUUAAUAAAAUGGAUGACCCAACAGUCAACUGGGAUGAAAAGAGAUAUAAUGAAUGUAGAGAUAAAAUUUUACCUUACCUUAAGAAACUUGGUUUCAACCCAUCAAAAGAUCUCUCAUUUUUGCCAGUUUCAGGACAGACUGGCCAAGGAUUAUUGGAAAAGGUGUCUGAAGCUGUUUGUCCAUGGUACCAAGGCCCCUCAUUUAUUCAGUUAAUAGAUGAGUUGCCAUCAAUGAACAGAAAAGUUGAUGGACCAUUUAUAAUGCCAGUAGUUGACAAAUAUAAGGACAUGGGCACAGUUGUCAUGGGCAAAGUUGAGGCGGGAACCACACGCAAGGGAAGUACACUGUACUUGAUGCCUAACAGGGUACAAGUAACUGUAGACCAGUUAUGGUCUGAUGAUAUUGAAGUAACAUCAAUCGGUCCCGGUGAGAAUGUUAAAGUGAAACUCAAGGGUAUUGAGGAAGAAGAUGUAUCACCCGGGUUUGUUUUAUGUGACACAGCAGAGCCAAUCACAACAGGAAGAGUGUUUGAUGCGCAAGUUGUCAUCUUGGAGCACAAAUCAAUUAUUUGUGCAGGUUACUCAGCUGUCAUGCAUAUUCAUUGUGCGGCCGAAGAAGUUACUGUUAAGGCGCUGAUCUGUUUGGUGGAUAAAAAAACUGGCGAUAAGUCAAAGACGCGGCCGCGGUUUGUGAAGCAAGACCAAGUGGCCAUCAUGAGGAUAGAGUGUGCCGGUAUCAUCUGUUUAGAGCCCUUCAAGAAGUUUGCCCAGAUGGGAAGAUUCACAUUAAGAGAUGAAAAUAAAACGAUUGCAAUUGGAAAAGUUCUCAAAGUCAUAGAGUAAACCCGGCACUACAUUUAUAAUUUAGGUAGGUUAGUAUUUAAUAUAAUAAUUUAAUAUCUUCUUGAGAGAUUGUGUCUAUGUAAAAUACAAAAUUGAAAUUCACUUAGAGCUUGAGUGUCAAGUGUAAUGUUGAUAUUUAGCACAGCAGUACUGGUCACAAUUUGGUACGAAGAGUGUCACCGCCACUGCCAUACAGCCUCUUAUCGUAGCUUAAAGCCUAGACAGAUAAUUAAAGCCACGUCAUAUUUCAAACUAACCUGUUUGUUAUUGAUAUAGUUGAAUAUCAUGUUGUAAUGAAAUUUUAAUGAAUAUCGGGUACAAUUAGAUGUUUUCAAUGUGUGUAAAAAAUAUAUUUAUACUGUGAACGUAGUAGUUUUAUAUCAAACGAUGUUUAACAUGCUUCCAUUGAGCAAGUGAUAAACGAGUCCUCAAAAUAUAAACGAAUGUGAUAAUCAAAAUAUUCACUAAACUUAAUGACCGAACGAACAUUUUUACAUAAUACAUACUUUAAUAUAUCAUAUAUUAUUAUAUUUGACAUAAAUUGUUGAUUUGUUACCAGUGUAACGUGAGUGCAGGAAUUGAGUGUUGCCACUGCUGAGUAAAACAUUGAGCAUGGUUCAUGAACAAACAAAUGUUGCCAGCUGUUAUGUAAAUUAUUAAUUUAUUGUGUACAUAUUACAAUGCUCUAGAUAUUUAAGAGCGAAUAUGAAAUAUGUAACAUAAGUCUGCUUCGAAACAUUUAUAUUAUUCAUGAAACAUGCACAUGGGAAAAUUUGAUGCUCUUUCAAGUUGCAAUCGUGCAUAGGAUUGUUACAAAUAUAGUAGUAUUCUAAGUGCUCUUAAAUAUUUCAUGUGUACCUAUUGCAAGCAUAUAUUUAUAUUUUUAUAUCAUUGUCGUGAAAACUGUUUGUUUUGAGAUAUGGUUAGUGCAGUUGUCUGAUAUGUAUUUGGCAUACAAAGGUCUCGGUUGGUUUAGAUCAAAGUGGAUCUCUCACUUGAAUGACCGCAUUUGUAAAUAACUGGAGAUAUUGGUGUAGAAUUUCCCCCAUGUGUAUAGUAAGAGCACAGAGAAUAAUAUGCCCUCAUCUACAUGCUUCGUGAAGCUCUCAUGUGUGUUAGGAUGGACAACAGCUUGUAAAUGUCAUCCGGAAGUGAAAUGUCCUACAUUAUGGGUAAUUUAUAAAUUACCGGUUCACCAGUUGUGUGUUACGAUUAUAAAUAUUAAUUUUAUACUUUUCCCUCUUGCUCCCAUUUGAAGCGUUGAAUAUCCUAACAGUUAGUGUUUAACCCUAUAUUUUCACUUACUAUAAAUAUAUUAAGUAAUGGUUAUAUAUUGUUCCAUAUUUUAGAAACAGUGUAAUUUUUUGCUAACAUAAUUUGCUAUGCUAUGAAUAUAGGCAUAGACAAUUAAUUUGUAAAGUAUGUCCAAUAUAGCAUUAUAUUAUUUGAGUAGUAACACAUGUAUCGGUAUCAUAUAGAUAAACAUACUACUUGCAAUAUUUUUAUAAAAUUAUGAUAACAUGUAGUUAAUAUUAUAAUAUGUAAUUUAUUCAUCUGGGCAUAUAAAUUAUGGGCAAAAGUUGGAUUUAUUUAUAAAACAUAGAGUAUGUUUAAUGAGGUUAAUAUUUUAAUGGUUUUGGUUAACCUUCAUUAUUCUCAGUCGAUAAUUAACACCUAUUUUUUGUUAUUGGCAUUAUUAAGUCGAUACCUAGGAUGUGAAAUAUUCUAAUGUAUUUUAUAUAUUGUCACACGAAGAUGAGAGAUAUAAGGUACUUAUAAUAUAGUGAGGGCUGCAUAGAUAGACCAACGAAACAUUUGUUAAAUUAUUGUAUUAUUUGAGCCUUCUGCUUUUUUAAAGUAAUCAGUUUUGUUAAGGAUGAUACAUUAAUGAUUUAUGUAUUUAUAUAUCAGUGAUUAUGACCGAAAUGGCGAGCGAGAAGCACAUUUUAAUUGGUGAUGACACGAGGAGUCUGUAUAUCAAUGACGUAACAUCCGUAACACGCUGUCACUCGGUCACGGCAUAGGACGCGAUGACCGCCGCCAUAGUGCCUUUUAUUAAUUUUCGCCACGGCGCCGCACAAUGUGCGUGCAUAUUAUUAUAUGCGUCUUAUAUUAUUUUGUUUAAAUUUAAAUAAAAUUUUAUCAAAACUGCA